AAAUGAUCUUUUAUUCCUGGAGAAAAGACAAGGUUCCGCACCACGUAAUGAAUCGUCAAGAAACCAUCCAAUAUAAAUAGCAGAGCGUUCAGUUAGACAGCGGUAUUGGUAAUGUUUAAAUCGACUCGCUUGACAACGGGACUGCGGGCUUUAACGACAGCAAAUCAUAUGGUUCAUUUGUAAAAUUCCUGUUUACAAUGUGAAAAUGGCGACUCUGGCAUAUUAUCGUAAACCAGUGAAUAAUAUUCCAACACCCAAAUUGGAAUAUGUUAACACAGAAACAAGGAUCGGAGACGAACUCGUUGUUCCAGGUCUCCAGAAGGAUCUCCAGGCGUUCUAUGAGAAGACCGAUUCGGAGGCAGACCGUGCUAAAGCUCUACAACUCCUAGCCUCCUUACAGUUUGGUCCGGAGAGCGACCCUCCACCCCCGCGCCCCGCCACCGCCUUCCCAGCUUACGACUCUGAUAACGAGAACGAAUAUGAAGGAAGAAAGGAUAAUUUUUACACAAUGGACCCGUAUCAAACGUCGUACACCAGAGAUUAUCCAAUAAAAGAACCUAAGGAAACCACCGCACACAGACCAUCGAGUUCCCAAGGGUUCACAGCCUCGCAUCCUUUGGAGGGUCCUAUUGGGGACACCCACUACACGGAGGAGUUCUUUGAGAAACCUAAUAGACCGGCCACGCCCAUCAGAAGCGGAACAGCUUCAGGGUCAAGGAGUAACAAACCACACCCUCUUGAAUCAUUCCUUGUUUGGCGGUUUCCAUCGAAAGCUAAGCCGGAACAAGAAUCCAGUCCGUGGUCGGAACAGGUGACGGACGAGAUGAUUAACCAGGUCCACAAGCGGCUGUGUCAGUCCACCUACCAGAGCGAUUACCUGGGGAUUCCGCAGGGGUUCCAAGUGAAGCGAGCGUUUACCUUGCCUCCAGACUGGAAGGCUAACGUACCGUACACCCUUGACAGUGUCGCCAGGUACUCAUACCAGAAACCCAACCCCCAGGAGGAGCUCCAGGUCCCCAUCACCAGAUACGGCAGUAAUAGGAAAAAGCCAGUCGCCGCAACAGGAACCAUUCCUACCGCCUCCUCACGGUUCUAUCACAUCAAAGGACGGACCACGUACGACCGGCACUACAACGACAACGCCGAGAAUGUGGUCCAACAGGUGCGAGAAGUAGGCCACAAACUGGAGCAGGAGGCCCUGCAGAAGUACAUGGAGAAAGCGGAGGGUCAAGAAAAGGAAACGGCUAACCGCCUUCUGAACGCGUAUCAGAGGGGUGAUGGCCUCUCGCCCCGCCCCCCGGCACGCAUGUCUGCACGCUCUGAGGUCCCUCCUGUCAGCACACCUUCUUCAUUUAAAUCUCGGCCCCGCACUCCAAGUUCUGCGCGCUCGGAAACCAAACCUCCGCCACAUCCAUUUUAUCAACAGAAGAAUAUACAAGUCAACAAACCACGUGGGAAGUACCCGGAUCUGAGGCAUUCGUCACGAUCUACACCAUCAGCAACGCCAGUGACGUCAUUUAAGUACACGAAACGAGAAUCUACCUCGUCUAGUGGCAUCAAAACCCCUCCCCAAGUGACAGAUUUUGAUAUAAAUGUAGCAUUACACGCGCUCCAGAAUCCAGAUACGCCCAAAUCGUUACCAAUCAACUGUUUUUCUCCGGGAUACAACUUGUCCUAGGAUUUGCACAGCACUCUGAACUGUCCUUUCAUUUUUGCACUUAAAUGUUAAUAUUUGUACACCUCAUUAGAGAUUGAUAUUAUCUCGGCUUAUUUGAGGUCGGUUUAAUUUGCAUUUUGCUUUAAUUGUUUGUUUAAUCAACGCUAUGGCAUUUAGUUGUGCAUAAAAUUGUGAGUAUGUAUACAAGAGCUACAAGCAUGGCCGGUUGUUAGUUUUAAUAAUUUGGUGCCAAUAUUUUUCUGUGAUAAAAUAUUCAUUUUUAUGAAAAACAGAUUUUAUGUUUAUUUGAAAUGAAGUUCUCACUAUAUAAUAAAUCUUUAUUUUAAUUGUUUGGUUUCAUUCAUGAUAUUUGCUGAAAUGGUGUUCGAUUUCCUUUGUAAAUAUGUUACAUCAUAAAAGUCGAUCCUUUUACAGAGAGAAUAAGAAACGUUAGUUCCGACGUUCCACGGUUAGAAAGAUCCCGAACAUCAUUUCCUCGGCUUAGUAUGACACAUCGGAAUGCAUCGGCACUCAAGCGUGUGACAACGUGGUCUGGACCAGACCACAUAUCCGCUUAG